UCUUGUGCUUGGAGGAGAUCAAUCAAGUUCUGAGCUGGUGCCGGUUCGCGUGUACAACGAGCGGUUAGGUUUCACAAUAACUUAAAAGGUAUUUGAAAGAAGAGUUCGAACGCUCAAGGAGGAGACAAUCCGAUGUCAAAUAUGCGUAUUCAUAUAAUUGGCAAGAAUUUGCGGAGUGCAGCAUCGGAGGGAAUCAUAUGCAGUGUGCGGGAUUAGGAAAAAUCAUAGUGGCUGCAGUGCUGUUGCUGGAAAAUGAAGUAUAUUGCUGAGUGGGGAAAACAGGGAUCCGUAAAUGUCAAUGGGAGAGAAUGAAAGUAGAAUUGUAUCCAUGGAGGACUGUAACUGAAACGAACAUAGAGAAGAAAGCCAACAGAAUAAGAUGCGAUGGCGUGCACAUGUAGCGGCGGUAUCUUGUCAAAUUCAUUUAAGAGUAAGAACGAAUUGGUGGUGUGCUUUGGAGAAUUGCUUAUUGACUUUGUACCAACAGUAGGAGGACUUUCGCUUUCCGAUGCCCCAGCAUUUAAGAAAGCGCCCGGAGGUGCACCCGCAAAUGUUGCCGUUGGCAUUGCAAAGCUAGGGGGUAAUUCUGCUUUUGUUGGCAAGGUUGGAGAUGAUGAAUUUGGUUAUAUGUUGGUGGAGGUGUUAAAAGAGAACAGAGUGGAAACACAAGGUUGUCGCUUUGAUCCAAAUGCCAGGACAGCACUUGCAUUUGUGACCUUGCGGGAGGAUGGAGAGCGUGAGUUCAUGUUUUAUCGUAACCCCAGCGCAGACAUGUUAUUUACGAAGGAGGAGCUUGAUGUUGACAUACUCAAGCAGGCUUCUAUACUGCACUAUGGAUCCAUAAGCUUAAUCACGGAGCCUUCACGUUCAACACACAUGGAAGCUUUGAGAAUUGCCAAAGAAGCAGGGUGCUUGUUGUCUUAUGACCCAAAUCUUCGACUACCAUUAUGGCCUUCACCAGAGGCUGCUAAAGUGAUGAUAAAGAGUAUUUGGGAUCAAGCUGAUAUAAUUAAGGUCAGCGAUGAGGAGGUGAUAUUUCUCACUGGUGGUGAUCCUACUGAGGAUGAGAAUAAUAUGAGAAUGUUUCAUCUUAGAUGCAAGUUGAUGCUGGUGACUGAGGGUGCGGAGGGAUCGCGUUAUUACACUCAGAGAUUUAAAGGAGAAGUGGGCGGAAUUAAAGUGCAGGUCGUCGACACAACUGGGGCCGGCGACGCAUUCUGUGCUGGCCUUUUGAGCCUAAUCGUGAAGGAUCCCGCCAUCAUUGAUGAUGAGCCGCGGUUAAGAGAAGCUCUUUAUUUUGCUAACGCAUGUGGAGCCAUUACAACAACUGAGCGUGGAGCUAUUCCAUCUAUGCCCGACAAGGAUACAGUCUUGAGGAUGAUAAGUAAAGUCACUGCAGUUCUCUUGAAAGUCAUCGAACAUCUUAUCUUGUAACAGACGGGAUUUACAACGAUUGUAUUUGUAUGUUAGGGAGACCAUCUGCUUCAGCAAAUUCUGGCACAGAUCCAUCCUGGCAAGGGUAUCAAAGAUGGAGGUUUCUCAACUCAACUACUUCGUCCAAGUCAAUGAAAGAGUAAGGGUAUCAGGAAAGCACAUUGAAGGGGGGCAGGAAAGUAUGCUGGUUCAGCUUCCUGCCCCAUGGUCCCACCAUGUAAGCUGAAGAUGAUCUGCCUGUAGCUUCUUGUGAGAGAAUUAAUUCUCCUAUAUCAACUGCAAUGUGAUCGAACUUCAUACAUACUUUUUGUGUUUUCCUCCUUUUUUUUCCCCCUCUC